UACGCGUUUUCUUCACACCGCCCCGCCAAUUGCAAAGCACAGUUCCUCGUGCGUUGCUUGGCUCAGAGUUGUGCUUUGUUUGCUACGAAAUUAUUUAGGCUUACUGACGGACAAAUCUUCAUCAUGGCUGAAUCGACUCUAGAGAGCAGUGCUACCGCUGCUACUGCAGCAGCUGCGGCCGAGAAUUGGGUGAAAAAGGCGGCGGAUCAGGAUAUAUCAACGUUGGUUGAUGAUUUGAAGCUAGAUAAGGACACAGCAAACGGUAACGGGACUGCGACGCAAGUGAAUCCUGAGGCUGCAGCAGAAAAUGGAGCAUCGGUGUCGGGAGGAGCGCCUGGUGCUGGAACCGGAAGCAGCGAUGAGAUUGAAACCGUGAAUCCUGCCGAUGCCAGUUUGUUGAUGAAGAUUAUUCGGAAGGGCCUGGUAGAGUCCAAGUAUGAUCUGGAAGUACAGCGUAAAGAUCCGUCAUCUCCGUUACAUUCCGUCAAGUCUUUCGAAGCUCUGCAUCUGAAGCCCGAGCUGCUACGGGGCGUUUACGAGAUGGGCUUCAAUGCACCAUCAAAGAUUCAGGAAACGGCUCUACCGACUUUGUUAGCCGACCCACCCCAGAACAUGAUUGCACAGAGCCAGUCUGGGACGGGUAAGACGGCCGCCUUCGUGCUAGCGAUGAUCAGUCGCGUUGAUCCGCGUAAGAACUACCCGCAGGUAAUUUGUCUCUCGCCAACCUAUGAACUGGCCAUUCAGACGGGCGAGGUGGCAGCAAAAAUGUCCAAGUUUUACCGCGACAUCCGGCUGCGCUUUGCCGUGCGCGGCGAAGAUUUGGCCAGAGGCGAAAAGCUUACCGACCACAUCAUUAUCGGCACACCCGGCAAGCUGAUGGACUGGGGCAUCAAAUUCCGGGCGUUCGAUCUGCGCAAGAUAUCCGUCUUUGUGUUGGACGAGGCAGAUGUUAUGAUUGCGACGCAAGGGCACCAGGAUCAGUGCAUCCGCAUUCACAAGCAGCUUCCUUCCAGCUGCCAGAUGAUGUUCUUUUCGGCAACGUAUGAAAAGGAGGUAAUGGAGUUUGCGGAAUACAUCGUGCCGAAUCCGAUCAUCAUCCGCUUGGCACGAGAACAGGAAUCGCUUGAUAACAUUAAGCAAUACUACGUAAGGUGUAAAGAUCAGAAUGAAAAGUAUCAAGCCAUUUCCAACAUCUAUGGUGUGAUAACGGUUGGCCAAGCCAUCAUCUUCUGUCAUACCCGCAAAACCGCCGGGUGGCUGGCAGGGCAAAUGUCCAGGGAUGGUCAUUCCGUGGCUGUGCUGUCCGGCGAACUUACCGUGGAACAGCGACUGGCCGUACUGGAUCGAUUCCGUGCGGGGCUAGAAAAAGUGCUCAUCACAACGAAUGUCCUGUCCCGGGGUAUUGACGUGGCUCAGGUUACGAUUGUAGUUAAUUUUGAUUUGCCGAUGGAUCAACUCGGGCGAGCCGACUGUGAAACGUAUCUGCACCGUAUUGGUCGAACUGGUCGCUUUGGUAAACAUGGAAUCGCUAUCAAUCUUGUCGAAGGCGACCAUAACAUGAAAAUUUGCAAAACGAUUGAACAACACUUUCAGAAAAAAAUUCAUCUAUUAGAUGCCGAAAACUCGGACGAAAUCGAAAAAAUUGGGUCCUAGACCACCGGGCUUCUCGGUAGCCUGACAUUUAUAUUUACCUUGAUUUACUUCAACAUCUUUCUCUUACGACAAAAUAAUACCGAUUCAGAAAUGGGACUGCUUGCUAUCAUGCGAAAAAAAAACAUGAAACGCGCUGCUAGAAUAUAGGUAAACCAUUUGAACAACAAUAAAAUAUAUCAUAACAAUUACGAAAGGCACCGAACGAGGCAGGAACUAUGAUAGGACUACCAUGGACUCUGAUAUUGAAUAAAAUGAAA